ACCGGCUCGGUUUGUUUCUUAAUCAGGAAGAGAUCGAUAAAAGUCGCCUCGCUAUAAAUUACGCGAUCCAGCAUUUUGACAAGCACUGACCAACGCCACACACGCACGCUUGACUCAGUUGAACCAGUUUGCGACGUUGCCGCGUCGAUUUUUUCGUGAAAAUCGGGAAGUCGGGAAGCGCGGCCCGCUAGAUCCCGAAUUGAAACGUAAAUAAACAAGCGAGUUAACGAACCCGGGUCAAAUCUUCCGCCGUUCUAAAAGUAAUAAUAAUAAAUUAUUAAUGCUCGCUGGAAAUUUCCGACGUCUUGAACAUUAUGCCGGACUGGUUGAUUUACUUUUACACAUGGCUCGGUAGACGCUACAUCGGAAUGUGCAGGUAUCGCUAAGUCGGCAACGUUGCAGAUCGUGAUUCAACUCGCUUCAUGUUUUAUUGUCAUCUCGCGGUGCUCGAGUUUAAUGCAUUUUAUUAGUGGAUUUAUGAAGAUGUGAGGUUCAAGUGGUGCACAAUCAAGCGGAAGGACUCAUAUACGGCCAUCAUUGUUGGACGAAAAUGGCACAUCGGCUCUUCCUCCUCCUGGUCGUGUGCUCCGCCGUGGCGGCCUCCAACGACGACUGGACCCAGAAAUGCAACAAGUGCAAGUGCGUGUGGUCGAACGGCAAAAGGACAGCAGAUUGCACGAACAUCAACCUAAGCGAAAUACCAACGGACCUAAGUUCGGAAAUCCGCGAAAUCGAUUUCUCGAAUAACCCCCUGCACACCUUAGGCCGCGAAGUGAUAAAACGUGCGGAACUCAGAGACAUCCAUAAGCUCAAAUUCGUUAGUUGUAACAUUAGUGAACUCGAAGAAACGGCCUUCGGAGGGCUGCUUCUACUCAUCGAGUUAGACUUGUCGCGGAACUCCAUCAAGAACGUGACGUCGAAGACGUUCAAAGACAACCUCAAACUCAGAAUAUUGUCGCUGAGCCACAACAACCUGAGGCGGCUGGAGAACGGGCUGUUCUACAACCUGACGCACCUCCAGAAGGUGUCCCUAGACAACAACGCGAUCGAAUUCAUCGCCGACUCGGCGUUCCACGUGCUACCGGCGCUGCAGAACUUGAACCUAGCCGGAAACAAACUGACGGUCCUGGGACCGGACUUCCUGAAGAAGAGCGCCACGAACUUCCCCAAACUCAUCAGCUUGAACCUCGAGGAAAACCCGUGGGUGUGCGACUGCCACCUGCAGGAGUUCAGGAAUAGAACAGUCAAAGAAAAUUUGAUCACCACGAGGACGCUGUGCAAAGAACCUCCUCUCGUCAAGGACCGCUCGUGGACCGACGAUGUCAUCUUCGCUUGCGUCCCCCAGAUCGUGGAACCUCUCCCUAGCACGCACAUCGAGGCCACCACCAGCAACGUCACGCUCACCUGCCGCGUCCUCGGGGACCCUCAGCCCGACGUCAACUGGGUCUGGGUCUCCAAUGGGAAAAUCAUCGAGAAGGACCCUCGCCAGAACACCCAGCGCUUCAUCACCUCCAAGCGCAAGGUGGGCGACUACACCUGGAACAACCUCACCAUCACCAACGUCAACUACCGCGACAAGGGCGAGUACAAGUGCGUCGCGACGAACCCCGGCGGGGUAGACGAGAAGAACGUGAGUUUGAUAGUGUCCUCCAUCGGGGGCUUCGGAAGCGGCGGCUCGUUAGCCAUGGGGGCGACGUUACCGCUGAUUAUCGCGCUGAGUGUGGGUGCGGUAGUGAUUCUGAUCGUGAUCCUCGUUCUCGUGUGUUGUUGCUGCAAGAAGAACACGCACGGGAUGAGCGCGAAGCGGAGGGAUCUGCAGAAUUCGUCUGACGAGUGUAUCAGGUUGCACCACGGACAGCCCGAGAUGGAGAAGGCGCUAAUCACGGACGUUAAUCCGGUGAUGAAGCCGCCGAGAGUGUGCUCCGUGCCCCCUUCGGUUAACAGUGGGGGAACGGAAGUCAGCGAGGUUAAGAAGAACCUGCUGGAUAGCGAUUCGGUGUUUGCAGGCGACGACGAGUCCCACUCGUUCGACUUCGACAUGCACCCGUACCGGAAGUCUUCGGCGCUGCUGGACCCGGACUACCGCGGUAAUCACCCCUACCCUCCAGAUCUUCUCCCCUUCCCGCCACGUAUGUGCCAGGUAUCCCCGGCAGGUAGUUCAGCUUCGACGGUAGCAGACACAUCCCGUUUACCAGCACACCACGGCCCACAAUCGCCACUUCACAGUCCACUCUACGACUCGGCCAGUCUGUACAGAACUCUUCCUUACUCCAGAUCGCAGUCCCCGUUCGUCGGUCCGCCGCCCCGGGUGCCGCGCCAGGGCUACGUGACCAUCCCGCGCCGCCCCAAGCAGCGCUGGAGCAGCAGCGAGACCCCCACGACAGCCUCCGACGCCGAGGAGCCCAUGUACGACAACCUGGGGCUGCGCACCACCGCCGACGGCAGCUCGGCGCUGUCGCUGAACAAGGCCGACGUCACCCCCAAGUCGGCGCGCCUCUUCCCGCUCAGCCCCGGCUGCGACCCCAUCGCCGAGCACGAGGCGCAGCCGAGGCUGUCGCCGUCGCGCACGCAGUGGGCCGUGGACAACGCGGACGCGCUGCGCAGCCCGCGGGGGCCGCCGCCGGACGGCAAGAGCAAGGUGGCGCCCGUGCCGCCCCCCAAGCCCAAGAAGCGCGCGUCCGCGGGGCCGCUGUUCGAGGACGAGGGCGAGGACGGCACGGAGGUGUGAGAAUGGCUCAAACUGGUGCGGGCGGCACUGGUGACUUGCUGACGGACCAGACACAGGGUCAAGACGACUUUCAAAUUCGAUUGUGCCUUACUAGCCGGUGUGUAGUGCUUCGAUCCUCGUGUGUUUCUACGGGCUUCCAUGAGUGCGUUGCGUGGGUGGGCGGUCACAGCGGCCGAGCGGCGGCGGGACACCAGCUGUGAUUGAUGGCACCGCUACAGUAUUAUUAAUUUAGAUAAACAAGAGCUUGAUGCGCGCUAUCUCUAUCGUCGACGAAAUUCUUGUAGUGGAUGAACUGUGAUCUAAGACAGACACGAAGCGGUUCGGUUCGGUUCGGUUCGGUUAGGCCGGAUGGGAGCGCUCCGCGGACCGGACGCCCUCAGGAGAGAUCAUACCAUACAUUCAUAGUUCUUGCUUUUUGGUGUUUCACUUUUUAAUCAGGACCCGAACGUACCCUACUUUUCAAUCGAUGCUUGAAUUACUACAAAAACUAAUUGUACUAUCAAAUUGUAUAUAAUUACAUAUUUUCUAUGACUGUACUGUAUAUUCAUUUUAAAAUAUAGAAGCUGAAUGUAACGAAAUCAUAAACGAUCAAUAAAAAUAAUAUUACAGUU